CGAACUCAGUUCCCUCGAGAGCAAUCGCACGUUAAAGGAAGUCGGUAAUUGUCCAGACGACACGAACAAGUACGUCCCCAUGCCCACCAAAACCAGACCUCACUCCCUCCCUCCAUUGAAGAACCUCCCCGAAAACCUUCUUCAAAUCCUGUCCAUGGCCGUUCUCGGCAGCCGCCACCACCGUCUUCGCCUCACCUUCCUCUUCUUCGCCGCCGUCUUCAACUGCAACGGCGCUCUCUCUCCCUCACCUCCCACACCCAACCGUCAACUCCUCUUCCUGCUCCCGCUCAAGACCCAGAACAUACCAAGCCUCUCCUCCUCCCUCCCGAGAGCAAGAGCCUCCGCCGAGGGCAGGCUCCCCUUCCGACACAACAUCACCCUCACCGUCUCCGUCUCCGUCGGGUUCCCGCCGCAGCCCGCCACCAUGGUCCUCGACACCGGCAGCGAGCUCUCCUGGCUCCGCUGCAGCUCCCCGAAGGUGCAGCAGCCCGUCUUCCACCCGCUCGCCUCCAAGUCCUACUCCCCCGUCCCCUGCUCUUCCCCGACCUGCGCGGCCCAGACGCGAGACCUGCCCGUGCCAGCUUCCUGCGACCCGAGCAAGCUUUGCCAUGUCAUCGUCUCCUACGCCGACGCCUCCUCCGCGGAGGGUACCCUCGCUUCGGACGCCCUCCUGAUCGGCCCGUCGGCCCGGCCCGGUUUCCUUUUCGGGUGCAUGGAUUCGGGCCAGAGCAGCAGCCCGGACGAGGACGCCAGGACCACCGGGCUGAUGGGCAUGAACCGCGGGUCCCUGUCCCUCGUGACCCAGAUGGGCCUCGGCAAGUUCUCCUACUGCAUCUCGGGCCUCGACUCCUCCGGCGUCCUGCUGUUCGGGGACGCGGGCUUCGAUUGGGUCGGGCCCCUGAACUACACCCCGUUGGUCCAGAUCUCAACCCCGUUACCCUAUUUCGACCGGGUGGCGUACACGAUCCAAAUGGACGGCAUCAAGGUCUCGGGCAAAGUCCUGCCCCUCCCGAAGUCCGUGUUCGAGCCCGACCACACCGGGGCGGGCCAGACCAUGGUCGACUCGGGCACCCAGUUCACUUUCCUCCUCGGGCCGGUGUACGCUGCAUUAAAGAACGAGUUCUCGAGACAGACUCGGGGCUCGGCGAGAGUCCUAAACGACCCGAACUUCGUGUUCCAAGGAGCCAUGGACCUGUGCUACCUGGUCCCUUCGGCUCGGCCUGAGUUGCCCGAACUGCCCGAGGUGAGGCUGGUUUUUCGGGGGGCCGAGAUGAGCGUGCCGGGCCGGAGGCUACUGUAUCGGGUGCCCGGAGAGUGGAGGGGGAGUGAUUGGGUGUAUUGCUUCACGUUCGGGAACUCCGAUCUGCUGGGGGUGGAGGCGUUUGUGAUUGGUCAUCACCAUCAGCAGGACAUGUGGAUGGAGUUUGAUUUGGAGAGGUCACGGGUCGGGUUCGCUGAGGUUAGGUGCGAUCUUGCUAGUCAACGGCUUGGCUUAGGUUAGGGGGCGUGUGAUGUAGGUAGGUCAACCUAGAGUGGGACCAA